AUGGCUGCUGCUCCGUCAAAUACAGCCUCCAAUGCUGUGAGCAUUCCUGCCGUUGGCGUUUCUGAGUUCAGACUCGGCGAAGACGAAAACUCCGACCUGAGCGACAGCGACCAAUCAGAACACAGCGAGCGCAGCCUCUCACCAGAGAGUGGGGCGAAGCCUUCAAAAGCGAAGAAGAGGAAGGCGCGCAAGCAAGUCGGUGCGCUCACCGAUGAGCUGGACACGUUGCUCGGUGCUGCAUUCCAGGCACCCAAUGGCGAUGCCGUCAAGUCUGACGUUCCUGGCAAUAUCGACCAUGCAUCUGGGGAUUUGAGCAUGGAGGUGGAUACGGAGAAGAGAUUGCCCAAACGAACUCGCCAAAACAUGAUCAAGAUGGAAAAACGCAAACUCGCACGUGAGCGUCAAAAGCAGAAUCAACCCUUCCAGCAACCAGCUCCUGCGCAGAAACCCCUGACAGCAGAGGGCCAGAAAAAGCAGCAGAAGCAGAGCAAGAAGAAUUCGGGGCAGGCGAGGAGAGAGCGGAAAGAAAAGGCGCGAGCGCGGAGAGCACUUGGGCUCGGCGAAGAGAUGGCGGUUGAUUAG